GUGAAACUAGAAGUUUGCGGAAGUUUAGGAAUGACGGAAAAUCUUUCACAAGACAAGUUUUUCUAGCGUUACAAAAAAGCCCGGGUGUCCACACAGUGGCAAGAUGGGGUCACUCUUUCGGAGUGAGAAGAUGUGCCUGACUCAGGUUUUUCUUCAGACUGAGUCGGCAUACAACUGCGUCGCUGAACUGGGAGAGCUCGGCUUAGUCCAGUUUAAAGAUUUAAGUCCACAUAUGAACGCUUUCCAGCGUAAAUAUGUAAAUGAGGUCAGACGGUGUGAUGAGAUGGAACGUAAACUACGUUAUGUAGAGAAGGAGAUCAAAGGCGCAAAGGUUGAAAUUGCAAAACCAGACACAGAGGUAGCUGCUCCACCCCCAAGAGAGAUGAUAGACUUAGAGGCGAACUUUGAGAAGAUUGAGGUGGACUUGAAAGAGGUAAACAGCAAUCAUGAGACUCUUCAACGGAACUAUCUGGAGCUGACUGAGCAUAGACAUGUACUGAGAAAUACCACUGACUUCUUUGCUGAGGCGGAGUUAUUCCAACAUGACAGGGAGGAGGAAGAGGCUCGAUCCACUGCAUACCAUCGUUUCGGUAUCGAGGACGGUGUCCGCCAAAUGCACUCCUCGGUCAAAUUUGGGUUUGUUGCUGGGGUACUCGGUCGUGAGAGGGUACCAGCAUUUGAGAAGACGCUGUGGCGAGUGUGUCACGGUAACGUUUUCCUGCGUCACUCACCGAUUGAGGAGCAGUUAGAAGAUCCAAGUACGGGAGAUGAGGUCUUCAAGCAUGUCUUCAUAGCAUUCUUCCAAGGGGAGCAGCUAGGAGGGCGUGUCAAGAAGGUUUGCGAAGGAUUCCAUGCCACACUGUAUCCCUGCCCAGAGAACGCCAUGGAGAGAAGUGAAAUGUGCACAGGGGUCGCCAAGCGACUCGAAGAUCUGAAACGGGUUCUGGUCCAGACGGUUGACCACAGGCAGCGUGUCCUGGCAUCGGCAGCAGUCACUCUGUGGGUCUGGUUCGUCAAGGUGCGUAAGCUGAAGGCCAUCUACCAUAUGCUGAACAUGUGCAACGUGGACGUCACGUACAAGUGCCUGAUUGCAGAGUGCUGGUGCCCCGAGAGUGACCUGGGACGUAUCCGAAAUGCUCUGCAACUUGGAAACGAGAAAAGCGGAUCCACUGUGCCGUCCAUUCUGAACAUCGUAGAGACAAAACAGGAACCUCCGACCUACAACAAGACCAAUAAGUUCACUAGUGCCUUCCAAGGGAUUGUGGAUGCUUAUGGGGUGGCCAACUACAGGGAGAUCAAUCCAGCUCCCUACACCAUCAUCACUUUCCCGUUCCUGUUUGCUGUGAUGUUCGGUGACGCCGGCCAUGGCACGUUGAUGGCGCUGUUCGGUGCUUGGAUGGUGAUCAGGGAGGCCAAACUUCAGGCCAACAAGACGGACAACGAGAUAUGGAAUGUGAUAUUUGGCGGUCGUUACAUCAUUCUCCUAAUGGGGUUGUUCUCCAUUUACUGCGGCGUCAUGUACAAUGACUUCUUCUCCAAGUCCACCAAUGUGUUUGGGUCCAGCUGGGAGGUCAGCAAAAUGGAAAACUACACUGAUUCGUUGUUGAAUCAGACCAUCGACCUACAGCUUGACCCUGUCUAUGCUUACAGUGGAAUCCCUUAUCCCUACGGACUAGACCCGGUGUGGCAGUUCUCCAAGAACAAGUUGAACUUCCUCAACCCUUUCAAGAUGAGACUGUCUAUCAUCUUUGGUGUCAUCCACAUGAUGUUUGGAAUUCACCUCAGUCUUCUCAAUCAUAUAUACCGGGGUCAUUACAGCAGCAUCUUUCUGGAGUUUAUCCCUCAGCUUCUCUUCCUUGUACUAAUCUUUGGUUAUCUCGUGGCGCUCAUCGUCAUCAAAUGGGUCUCCUACGACGGCUUAACCUCCGAGAAGGCCCCAAGCAUCAUCAAUAUGUUCAUCUUUAUGUUCCUGUUCACCAACAAGCCGGAGCUGUAUAUGUAUCCCUAUCAGUACUAUGUCCAAAUGGGGCUGGUUGUUACUGCAGUGUUUAUGGUCCCAGUGCUACUGUUUGGCAAGCCUGUGUAUAGACUCAUAAAGCAUCGUACAAGCAAACACGAUUUCCAGCCCAAAAUGCGGUUUCCGACGAUUCUAAUGCAGCGUGUGAGUGGUCACGAGGACAGCGUGCAGAUCAUGGUCAACGAUUCGCUCAACAGCCAGUACCAGAGUGAGAGCUCCAGCCAGGGUGGGAACAGCGUGGAGGUGGAUGCGGAGGAGGAGUAUGGAAAGGAUUCGGAUGAAAAGUUUGAGUUCAGUGAGGAGUUAGUUCACCAGUCCAUUCACACCAUCGAGUACUGUCUAGGCUGUAUAUCCAACACUGCAUCGUACCUGCGUCUAUGGGCUCUGAGUCUGGCUCAUGCAGAGCUGUCUGAGGUCUUAUGGACCAUGGUGCUGAAGAAUGGUUUGGGCAUCCAGCCGUUCUACGGCUCGGUAGUUAUCUUUGCUACGUUUGCCGGCUUUGCGGUACUCACCGUCGGUAUUCUACUCCUCAUGGAAGGGCUGUCUGCCUUCCUGCAUGCCCUCAGACUUCACUGGGUGGAGUUCCAGAACAAGUUUUACACCGGCGAGGGGCAUGUGUUUCUUCCAUUCUCAUUUACUGUAAUUCUUGAAGCAGAAGAAGAAUGAGCAACCAGCCAGGAGUGAAAAAAACCGGAUCGGAUUUAUAACGAGAAAUUUAUGGUUUAUGAACUAACUGCUGAUAAAAUACGUAAAUGAAGAGAUUUUAUAAAGAGUUUAGACUAUUAAUUGAUUUUUUUCCCCCCGUAAACACGCAAUAACAUUCCCUUGAAAAAUUAUUAUAAGUGCUUGCAAUCUACUUCUAGAAACUAUACGGCUCCCCCGUGAGCCUUAUAGGGGCAAACAUUUUGGGCCUCCUUAAUGCUAUACGCUUUCAAAAUCAUCGUUGAUAGGUGAACAUUUAACGGUCGUUUGGCCAUCAAUAACUUCAGUUUUCUUUGCACUACACAAGAUAGAAAAAAAAACGCCACACUCAAUACAUUCAUAAUGCUUGCAUUGUCUCUUUACAUUAAAAUGUAAUUUUUUACUUGGUACUUACUGUUUUUUUUCUGUCGCAGCUCAAUCCAUUGUUCCCUAAAUAAAUUUGGACUGUGGGCUUUAAUUGUGCUUAGUGUCCCUUGGCCCUGUGGUUUUUCCCAUAUUCUGACACCCCUCAUAGUGUUUUCCUUAUCCUUACCCUUGUUACCUCAACCCUAACUUAGGGUGUCGUGGUUGAGCGGAUAAGAGCACCAAACUCGAGCUCUGGUGCUUCUGUUCUGCAGAGUAUGGGUUCGAAUCCCGGUAGU